AUGCCGCCAUCGCCGUCGCCGCCGCCGCAUGCCCUCGUAUUCCCACCCUCGCGGCGCCACGCUCUCGCCAGCCUGCCGCAGUUUGAGAAAGCCACUCCACAGCAGCACGAGACGAUAACACCGGCAAUGCUCCGGGCGCGGGCGCUCACGACCAAGGCGAAGCCCGACCUGCACGUCGACGGCCUGUACACGCCGACGGGGUUCGCGACGCAGGACAUCCGCGCGCUGGGCCGCUUCCCCGACUACGCCGUGCUGGCCGGCGUGCGCCACCCCGAGCCGGUAGGGCCCGGCUGGGACAUCGCCAGGGCCGUCUUCCGGCCCUACCGCCCGUUCCGCUGGGGCUAUCACCAGCACAUGGCCCUGAUGAAGUACGAGCCCGACUGGUGGGUCGAGCUGGAGCGCGGCUACACCAAGACCAUGGCGGCGCGGCAGGCGCUCCUGCAAACGCACGGCGACAGGAUCUUCUUUGCCGGCUCCGGCGCCGCCGACCUCGCCGCCCGCGAGCUGAUGGAAAUGCUGCUGCAGUUCCUGUGCCGGCGGUACCCGGCGCACUUCCGCCUCGAGCGCGGCGGCGACGUGCUUGUCAACGGCCUGCUGGGCACGGUGACCGACUUGGUGAGCACGCCGCCGCUGCGCGUGCUCUUUGAGAACGUCCCCGAGGACUACGCCAUCAUGCUGCGCAACGAGGAUGACGGGCUGUACUACCUGCGCGCGGCCAUGGUGUGUUCGUCGGUCGGGUGGGACAUCGCACAGCACCGUGACUCGCCGCUGCGGGCCAUCCACACGCACGUGCCCGACGCGGGCCGCAUGGCCAUGAGCAUGGAUCGGUGGUUCAGCCGGCUGGCCACGGACACGCCCGUCAGCCGGUGCAGCUGGAGCCUCGAGGACUGGGAGGUCAUGUUCACGUCGCCCGAGGCGGACGCGGGGUGGACGCGCAGCGCGUUCGCGGGCCGGCCCGACGCGUUGAACGUCGGUGACAUCCGCCUGCGCUGCGACGCCCAGACGCUGCGCCGCCUGCCCGUCAGUGGUGCUGUCGUGUUCAGCUUCAAGGCCGUCUUCACGCCGCUCGCUGAGCUGCGCGGCGAGCCCUUUGUUCCCGCGCUGCUGCACCGCGUGCUGCGCGACGGCAAGGCGAAUCUCAUUGGCUACAAGUGUGUUGACAAUGUGCGGCGUGUGGCUAUGGAGGCGCUGGAGAUGUGGGCGGCCGAGCAGGCCGAGCAGGGAAUAGUGCCGCCUGACUGGGAGGUGGGCACGCUGGACGAAAGCCCCUUUUUCCCCGGCUGGCGGGAGAAGUUGCGGCGGCAGCAGGGCUUCUAG